AUGUUAUAUAUUACAUGUCUAAAGAACUACAGAGAGCCAGUGUUGGGUGACUGCAUCGAGUCACUGAUCGCUCAGUGGCACACCUGCAUCCAAGAGCUGCAGCGUCUCCAGCAAGCGGCCGAGGAGGCAGACAGACCGGUGCGGGGACUCGGCGCUCUGCUCAAGGUGCAGCAGCGCGCGCUGGACAAGACCAUCCAGAGGCACCGGGGGCCGUCGCCGUCGCCGUCGCCCAUCUCGCAGGCCCAGUACUUCGGCAUCAAGAGCUGUUGCUGGGACGACAGAUGGGCCGUCGUCAAGAAGUGCCGCGGCCUGGUCGCCGUCAACAACAAGGACUUUCCCCGCAGCCCGCGGUUGCCGGUGGCUGCGGACGAGGGCUGGUUGGCCUACAAGGACCAGCCCUUCCAGGAGAAGCCGGUGGCGGUGGACGCCGUCGUCGACAGCGGCGCCACGUGGAUCAAGUUCAUUUCCAUUUCACCCAAGACCCUCGAGUACCAGGUUGUGGCCGAAGGGUGGGAGAGCGAGCCGGAAGAGGAGGGCGGCGAGGGCGGCGCUGAAGGGGGCGACGCACUGGGCCACACCGAGUUUGCCGAUACCGUCAGCAAGAUCGUCCGGGCCGCCCGAUGGAACCACUGUCACCGGGUGCACCUCGUCCUGCCGGGGCUCUACGAGGGGAAAUCCGAACAUGUCGACAGGAUGAUUCACUACGUCCGCCACAAGAUGGGGGGAGAGGACGUGUCUGUGCAAGUUAGCUGUGCCGGCAGCCCCUUCCUCAGCGAGCCCCCUCCGCCGCUGGAAGAAGCCGUCACCGCGCUCAUCCAGGACCGGGAUGCGCUGGUCGGCGAGGACUGUGCCCGCCUGACCGCGACGGUCAACCUGGAUCCCAGCGCUCUGGUCGCGCUCGUCACCGACCUCCACCACGGGCCGGUCCCCCUGCAGCCGGAGUGCCAGCAGAAGAUCAUCACCCGGUCGAUCCUCGACCACGAGACCGACAACAACGAUCUGGUGGCGCGCCAGGACAUUCUCCCGACCGUCCUGUACCCGGCCCUGCGCGGCCGGAAGAUGGUGUGCACCCGCGCCGCGGCGGCCUACUUCCGCAGGCUCAUCGGCGCGAUAUCCACCCAUUCGGAGGAGACCCGCGCCGCCUUGGUCCUCCCGCCCGCCGACGAAGCAUCGUCGCCGCCGCCGUCGCCAUCGCCGUCGCCGGCAGCCCUCCGCGAGAAGCUCCAGGCCUGGUCCGCCGUCCCGGUGCCCGACGACCUGCAGCUCCCCGUCGAGGUCGUGCCCGACGUCGACCUCGACGACGCUGCCCAACUGGCAGCGUCCGGCGCCCUGCCGCCCAUGGCGCUCGGCGUGGCCCGCGACCUCUCGCCGCUCAACCGCUCCGUCUACUGCUACGGCUGGGCACACCGCCUGACCACCGUCACGGGCCACCGGGGCAUCGAGCGGCAGGUCCGCCUGGCCGUGGCGCGGCACUGGACGCGCGGUGACGAACGCGACGAGGUCCCGCCCGACAUCUGGCACCGCCACCUCGGCGGCUACCUGAUCCACCGCGACAAGCCCAAGGACUGGCGGGACAUGGUGCCUCCCGGGGAGGGGAUCCCGCCCGAGCUGACGCGGUGGACCAAUCCGUGGACGACCUGGGGCCGGGGCAUCAGCACGUACGGGCUGCCGGACACCAAGACAUGGGAAGGGGUCGGGCACGGGGACAAGACGGCUUAUGGGCGGAGGGUCGGCGGAAAACAGGCGCGGGCGAACGCUGAGGAACCACCCGAGGAACAGGAACAGUCAUAAAUGGUGCAGCAUGGGGGUGUGGUUGUGGGAAAAGGGGGGCUUAGGUUUGGUUCUGGCAUUUGCAUAGGUACCUCUGCGCAGAUAGAGGUGUGUAUAUAAAUGAAGCUGGUCUGGGGUAUAUUGAAGAGUUGGACAAAAACAAAAAAACGUCGAGAAAGUU